AUGGGGGCUCCAGUGCUGCAUGCUACCCUACUGCUGCUCUCAGCCUUCCUGGCUCUGACCCAAACCAAGAACCAGAGUUUUGCUGGUUCACACUUCAUGCAGUAUUUGGUAACCACCACCUCGUCUCAACCCGGUCUUCAAGAUUCGCAUGUCUGCAUUGUUGGCCAUGUGGACUACAUGCCAUUUAUGCGCUUUGACAGUGAUGGAGCUGCUCAGAGGAUCCAGACGAGAGGGCCUUGGAUGAAGCAGAUGGGGCCUGAGUAUUUGGAAAUGGAGAGAAAGAAUGCGGAGGGGUAUUCACACAGGGCUCGAGAAAACCUGCGAUUCGCAAUCCAAGUCUAUAACCAGAGCGAUAAAGCGCACUAUAGCCAUGCUUUUGACGGCCAACAUUACAUCAGCCUGAACUCGGACCUGACAACAUGGAGUGUGGGAGACAGCACAGCUCAGAUCACCAAGCGACGGUGGGAGGCAGAUGGUGUAGCAGAGGCCUUGAGUCACUUCUUGAAAGUCUCUUGUGUUGAACACCUGCAGAAGCACUUGGAGACAGGGAAGGAGACUCUACAGCGCUCAGAUCCCCCAAAGGCACAUGUGACCCUUCACCCCAGACCUGAAGGUGAUGUCACCCUGAGGUGCUGGGCCCUGGGCUUCUACCCUGCUGACAUCACCCUGACCUGGCAGUUGAAUGGGGAGGACCUGACCCAGGACAUGGAGCUUGUGGAGACCAGGCCUGCAGGGGAUGGAACCUUCCAGAAGUGGGCAUCUGUGGUGGUGCCUAAUGGGGAGGAGCAGAAGUACACAUGCCUUGUGGAGCAUGAGGGGCUGCCUGAGCCCCUCACACUGAGAUGGAAACCAGCAACUUGGCCUGUGGUUGGAAUAACUGUUGGUGUAGUUCUCCUUGGGUUUGUCAUCAUUGGAGCUCUGAUUGCCAUUGUGACCAUGAGGAAGAAGAGAGCAGACCCUGUGGAUCCUGUGGACCUUAUGGAUCCAGUGUGA